AUGGUUAAUAAAUCCCAGGAACAGCCGCCCACAAACAAGUCACGCAUGUCCUUGUUUAUCGAGUUGCGAGCGCGUUCUGCAGGCCCCCUCUUCCCUUCCCUCUGUCUCGACAGACCUCCGCACCCUCGGACCACGACGAUUCAUUGCUCCCCUGACACUCGUCGGGCAAAGCCGCCACCGUCGCCUCGCCCUAUUGCGUCUGUUAAGGACGUCAUGGUGUCCCGCACCGAAGGCAUCGACAUGGAGAAGUAUCCUUUGCAUCGACGACUGUUCGACUCUGAACGUCCGCUCCUUUUCACCGACGCCGCUGUGCUGGCCGCGUACGACCAGUACCUCAUCAGCUCUCCCAACAUGAUUGAAAUCCCGGAACCGCACGUGUAUCAACACGAAACCGUCCGAGCGCGUGCAGACGGUCGAUUUGCGGCCGUUGAUCCCCAUCAACACCCUCAGCUCUACCACAAGAACUGGGCUUGGGCGCCUCUCAUUCCACGCCCGGACUGCACAUCCACGCAUGUUGCUCGUCGGUGGGGGUGGGAUCGCUUCCAGUACAAGUACUGGGCUCGUUCGAGCGAUAACUCUGCAAUUGGACGGCUGAGCCCAGAGGCAUGUGGCGGCCUUCGCGCCAUGCUCAAUGAUGUACAAGAGAAGUCGGACACCUGGUUUCUCAGCAACAGCGGUCAGAAGCCUGAUGACACAGCAUCGGCUCUUCGCGAUUUUGAAGCAACAGUCAUCCAUCUCGAAACUACUCCCGUUACAUAUCGAGACGCUCUAGCUACAUUUGCCCACCUGCAGCGAUCAUACCUGUCGCUUCACGCUUUCAUGGAUUACAAAACUAUUGUCUACCCUCGCAUGCAGUCUCCCUCUCCCCUCCUCCCGCACGAAGUCAAUUUGCAGUGGAUGGGAGCUUUUACCGAUGACCCCGCAACAUGCAAGAUGUUGUACGACAUAGGCGUACCCGUCUGGUACAUCAGGCGUCCCCAUCAGAUCCCCCCUGACAUGAACAUCCUUCAUCAUGCUUCGGUCACACCGGCCAAUGUCUGCUACCAGGAUUUCUAUGACGAAAGCUCUCGUCUGUGCCCAUUCCCUGUGCUGCGCUCCAAUGGACCUGGCUCUUGGGAGCGAUUGAAAGCUUGUCGCUUGCGUGCAGCCAGCAAGUGGAUUCUCGAGGCGCCUGCUACUGCCACUACUGAAGCAACGAUGUCGUCGCAACUGGAGAAACAGCGGCAUGCAAACUAUGACGGUUCUUCGACUUCCCAACGGGAUCGUUGGACCAUCUACAAGCACGAAUUAAUGCCUGCAUGCGACCACGGCUGGUAUUAUUCACUCCAAGCCGUCAAGACCGAAGUGGAAGCUCGCGCUGCUGGGGAGCGUGCCAAACAGUCCACCAGUAGAGGGAAGGCGCGGGGCGUACAUGCGUUGGGUGUGCGCCGCGCUGAAGAUACUCGUGGCUCGGGUCGUGUCGGACAUGGAUUGCGUUUCCCCGAUCCUGCGCUGCUUUGCUCUGCCAAGGACGUAGGUCGCCGGUCUACUUAUAUCGCGAACUGGAUGCGGGCUCGCAAGGAGCUCAUCAAUGACGUCGACGCCCGCUACUUCGACAAGCAAUGGGCCUCGGCAAAGGGCUGGCGGCCGUUUUUGCUCGGCAACAUGGAGCCCGGCGUUCAACUCAGCAAGACCGAACGUGCUGAGGCGGAGAAGUUCAUGGCUUGCUUCAGUCUGGACGCCCGCAAGGCAACGCGCCAGGAUGUCUUCAAGGCUCCCCCGCCUAUUCAGUGGCGCGGUGAAGACGUUGAUCUGGUCCGACUCGCCAACGCGCCUCCUUUGGAUAUUCGUCGUAUUGUCUGGGAAGCUGCCGAGCUGUCGUUCCGAUACGAAUUUCUUGCGCUCGAUCACCACCUUGCCAGCAAGGAGUGGGACAAAGAUCGUCGUGCUCGUAUGCGACGCGUUUGCGACGCGUUCGAUGUGCCAAGCAACAUUGAAGUUCUCGCCGUAUCCGAUGUUCCUCUGCCCUCGCAGGAAAGUCCUCGCGGACUUCACAUCAAUCACCCCGAUGAUGCGGUAGCCCUCCACCACUGGGAACUGUUUCGGCGGUUGAUUAACCAGUGGGAUUCCGUCGAGCGGUUCGCGGAGUUUACUGGCGAGCCCAGUAGAAUGGAUCGGUGGAACUAUCCUCAGCGGAUGAUGAAGCACUACAUUCGAGAGUUCGAGCGACACACGGGGCGCCCUCCCAUUCUCCCGCUGCUUUUCCCAUUUGUGUAG